AGGCUGCAAAGGGGAACCGCCUCCUUCGGAGCCGGAGCCCUGCGGCCGCGCCCGGGCCAGCGCCUGGUCCUCGCAGCGCGCACCCGCCGGGACGCGAUCUGUCCUCGGGUCGCCGCGCGACCCCCUGGUCUCGCCGCGCUCGGUCCCCCGAGGUCCCCCUCCGCCCUCCCCGGCCCCGCGGCCGCCGUGCGUACGGGGUGACGCAGCGCCGCCCGCCACGCGCCCGCCCGCCCCGAGCCGCCGCCGCCGCCGCUGCCGCCGCGACCCGGCCAGGCUCCAGGGGCCGCUAACGGUCCCGCGCCCCUCGGCGUCCGCGCCCCAGCCGGGCCGAGCCGGCGCCCGGGGCUGGCGCGAUGGGGGCGGCUGAGCCGCUGCUCUCGGUGCUGUGGGUGAAGCGACAGCGCUGCGCCGUGAGCCUGGACCCGGCGCGGGCGCUGCUGCGCUGGUGGCCCAGCCCGGGGCCGGGAGCCGGCGUCCCCGGCGAGGACGCCUGCUCCUUGCCCGUGGCCGAGAUCAUCACCGUGGAGGAGACGGACCGCCAUGGGAAGCACUACGGCGGCGGCGGGAAGUGGCAGAAAAUGGAAACGCCUUUCGCAUUCACAGUGCACUGCGUGAAGAGAGCCCGGCGCCACCGCUGGAAGUGCGCGCAGGUGACUUUCUGCGGUGCUGACGAGCAGCUGUGUCACCUGUGGCUGCACACCCUCCAGGAGCAACUGGACAAUCUGACGUGCAGACCAAAGCACUUGCUGGUGUUCAUCAACCCCUUCGGAGGGAAGGGCCGAGGCAAGCGGAUCUACGAGAGGAAGGUGGCGCCCCUGUUCGCACUGGCCGCCAUCACCGCCGAGGUCAUCGUCACGGAGCGCGCCAAUCACGCCAAGGAGGCCCUGUACGAGGCAGACUUGGACAAGUACGAUGGGAUCGUCUGCGUCGGCGGGGACGGCAUGUUCAGCGAGGUCCUGCACGGGCUGGUCGGCAGCACGCAGCGGAGCGCCGGCGUGGACCAGAACGAGCCCCGGGCGGCGCUGGUGCCCAGCCAGCUGCGCAUCGGCAUCAUCCCCGCAGGGUCGACAGACUGUGUGUGCUACUCGACAGUGGGCACCAGCGACGCGGAAACGUCGGCCCUGCACAUCAUCGUGGGGGACUCGCUGGCCAUGGACGUGUCCUCGGUGCACCACAACGGGACGCUGCUGCGGUACUCGGUGUCCCUGCUGGGCUACGGCUUCUACGGGGACAUCAUUCGGGACAGUGAGAAGAAGCGCUGGAUGGGUCUCAUCAGAUACGACUUUUCAGGUGUGAAGACCUUCCUGUCCCACCACUGCUACGAGGGCACAGUGUCCUUCCUCCCCGCGCAGCACACGGUGGGCUCGCCGCGCGACGGGAAGCCCUGCCGGGCCGGGUGCUUCGUGUGCAGGCAGAGCAAGCAGCAGCUGGAGGAGGAGCAGAAGAGGUCGCUCUACGGCCUGGACAGUUCCGAAGAGGUGGAGGAGUGGAAAGUCGUGUGCGGCAAGUUCCUGGCCAUCAACUCCGCCAACAUGUCCUGUGCGUGUCCCCGGAGCCCCAGGGGCCUGUCGCCGGCCGCCCACUUGGGGGACGGGUCCUGCGACCUGAUCCUCAUCCGGAAGUGCUCCAGGUUCAACUUCCUGCGGUUCCUGGUCCGGCACACCAACCAGUGUGACCAGUUCGACUUCACCUUCGUCGAGGUUUACCGCGUCAAGAGGUUCCAGUUCGUGUCCAAGCAGGCGGACGAGGAGGAGGGCAAGCAGGGGCUCGGCCCCAUCUGCAGCCAGCACGCGUCCUGCUGCUGCACCGCCGCCAGCAGCUCCUGGAACUGCGACGGGGAGGUGCUGCACAGCCCCGCCCUGGAGGUCAGGGUCCACUGCCAGCUGGUGCGGCUGUUCGCGCGGGGCAUCGAAGGGAGUCCGACGCCAGAGCCGUGCCACUGAGACUCCCCUCCGGCCGGCCGCCCCCUCCCCGGCUGCUCCUGGAAGUGCAGGAGCUAGGAAACCACUGCAGACCGAUGACAUGGACACAUGCAUUUACACUUAGAAGUUUAUUUUUGAUAGUUAAAUCUUGGUUUUAGGAACCACGCCUUUGCCCACGGUUCCGUGGCCGCACCGGGCGGGCAUCUUCCUCUCCACGGGCGUCGCUGGGCCUCGUUUCACGCAACUGGCUCCCAGCGAGCGGUCCCUGUGGACCUGGGGCGCUGGCUUCGUGGAUCUUAGCACCUCAGACGCGCAGGCGUGGGAACGGCCAGUCAGCGGCUCUGCUGCGGCCCUUCUAGGGAUAGUGUGAGGGGCUUGCUCUCUGCCGAGGCCCCGUGGGGCCACGGGGCACCUCCGGGCACUGGGACCUGCUUUGCCAGGCUUAUCAGUAGUGGUCAGGGGCAGGGGGGCCGCGGGCUCGCUGCCCUCAUUCUACCUUUGUCCAGGCACGCGGGGAGGGCGCCGUUCCCAGGUCCUUCCUGCGGGGCACCCACAACGCAGCAGGGCCCCGGUCCCGGCACCCCCGCCCAGCGGCGGACCGCUCCAGGGGGAGAGGGCACGGAAGCGGUCACUGCGCCUCCACAACCAGCUGCCCCCACAGCAGCGGCGAGCGUUACCGUGACAAUCCGGCCGGCCGCUCGGGCAGCGGCCGCCCCGUUUACAGUCGGAACGCGAGGCUUCCUAGCUGCACAAGCAGGCGGGGGCGGGGCGGACGGAGGCGGCGGGCCGAGCGUGAGAUGCGCCCCUUGUGGCUUCUUCGUCGACGCCCGGCCCUGCCCCGGGGGACGGGGCCCCUCGUGCUGGGGGUCCGUGUGGUGCAGGCCCCCAGUGCGUGCACACGCAGCCCCCAUCUCUUCUCAUCUUCACACUCAUUUCCACACGCUCACUGGCAGCUGUGUCCUGCCCGCCCGGAGGGGUGACACGGUGUCCUCCGCAUUGUCAGGGCUGCAGCCGGCCGAGGGUCACCGCCCCUCGCGGCCUUUGGCGGCCGUGCGGUUUCACAACGCACUCGCCGUGAUCUGUGUGUGGAAGGACGCGAAAUUCCCCAUCUCGCCGUCCGGGCCCACCCGGGGCAGACCCGAGGGCAGCUCUGACAGUGUGUGUGUGUGUGUGUUUUUGAGGGACCGCAUCACUGAGGACGUUCUCGAGGCUCGAGGUUGAGUGGUUGGUGGGUGGGGAAGCCUGGGUGUAACGUGACCGUACACGGGCCAUUGCCGCUGUUUGCUCCUGGGGGAGGAAACCACAGAUGCGGGACCGGCAGCCCCGCCGGUGAGGGUCUCUCCGCAGGGGGACCCGGCGGGGCGGCAGACUGCUGCUCCUCACAGGUCUCCCGGGGCAGCCUUCACCCCUGGGGCCCCUGGGAGGUGUGUCCCACGCUCAGGUCUGCCCUGGCACUCCCUGCCCGUCCCAGCAAGGUCCAGGCCAGAGAGCAAGCCGCCCGUGUCCCACGGGAACACCAGCCACGCUGCGCAGUUCCCAGACAGCCUGGGGAGAGUUCACCGGCUGCGUGCUGACGUUAGUGAUCACACACUUGGAACUUUUGGGGGGCCGGUGUGACCAUGGGGACACUCCAAGAGCUCGCCGGCAGCCCGUGCCAGGACAGGAGUGCCUGUCGGGCGUCCCCACACGGAGGAGCCUCUGGAGGGAGCCAGCACACCUGUGCACCCGGGACCGGCAGGGGGAAAAACCCGGAGCCGAGGGCUGCUGGGGCACAUGGGGGUGCCGAGAAGGGUGGUCUGCGCCAGGGCGCCCCCUGGGGGCCAGUCCAUGCAGCGUUCCCGCUCGGGCCUACACUGUGAGCGCUGCACCUGGGACCCGUGGGCAGGAAGGGGCCGACUGUCCUCUCUAAUCUUGCUGGUUUCAGGAUUAGAAAACGGUCACUUGCUCUGAUACGUUCAACAAGACAAAAAUAAAGUUACUUUGGGCAGAA